AUGCAGCGGCUGAAGGAGAAGGCGCAGUGGGAGAAGGCGAACGAGCUCUACAGGGCGCAGCUCAAGGAGCGGGACGAGGUGGUGGGCCGGCCGCCUGCAGCCCAGAAGGCGCCCUGGAGCUCGCUGGCGGCGGGCGGGGCGCCCCUGCCCCAGUUCGACUUCACCUACAAGAAGGGCGUGCCUCGGGCCACAGCUGCAGAGGUGGCGACUGUCGGACGGAAGAGGGCAGGAGUGGAGGGACGACGGGAGGCGCACCUGCAGCAGCUCAGGCAGUCCGAUCGCGCUGCCGACCUGGCCCGGGCCGAGCGGGAGUGGGGGGAGGAGUUGCACCGGUUCCGCAAGAACGGCGCCAGCCACAUCAAAGGCAAUGCGUUUGACCACUGGUAUAUGAAGGAUCCGGCGUUGGUGGUGCUGGCCUACAACCGACCGGGCCUGCUGGAGAGGACCCUGGCGUCGUUGAACGCGGUCAAGGGCAUCUCGCGAUUCAAGCUGUACGUGAGCCAGCACGGAUACGAUCAGGAGGUGGAGCGGGUGAUCGACCAGCAGCCGGGCUUCAACCGACUCCACCUCGGUCGAAGCAACGACUCGCGCCUAUCCGCCACCCAGCACAUCGCCCAGCACUACCAGUUCGCCCUGGAGACACUGUUCGUGGACCUGUCGCAUUCGCACGUGGUGGUGGUGGAGGACGACAUGACCUUCGCCCCAGACUUUGCCAUUUACUUCGAACAGCUGGCCCACCUUCUGGACAUGGACCCCACGCUCUGGUGCAUCUCGUCGUGGAACGACAACGGCUUCCAGCACCUGGUCGAGGACCCCGAGCGCCUGUUCCGCACCAGCUACUUCCCCGGCCUGGGCUGGAUGCUCAACCACCGCCUCUGGGAAGAGUUGCGGGACGAGUGGCCGGACGACCACUGGGACCACUGGAUGCGGCACUCGGGGGUGAGCCGCGGACGCGAGUGCGUGGCGCCGGAGGUGUCGCGCAACUACAACGUCGGGGAGCACGGCAGCAAUAUGGGCGCCGACCAGUUCGCGCGGUACUUCAAGCGGAUGAAGCUCAACGACAAAGUCGUCUUCUUCACCUCCACCGACCACCUGCUGCUCAAGAACUACCAGCGGUGGAUACGGUCCCUGUACAGCAGGGCCGAGGUGGUCAAGAGCACGCGGGUGGAGGAGGGCCAGGAGGGGCGGGUCCUGCUGCUGCCCUAUGUCCGCGAGAACUACGGCUCCAUCUCCCUGUCGCUGGCACUGUGGGACACUCCCUCUCGAGGAACACACAACCACUCCCUCGUCCUACGCUACAAGAAGAACACGUUGCUCUUGGCGGACAAGCGGCACUGCGCGUACCUGCCCGAGAGCCUGAGGAUCCUGCCGCACGAGCAGCUCCGGUUGGUCACCUCCGCCGUCGGGGAGGACUGCCACGCUCCUUGUGCUCGCGAGGGUUUGAAGUGUCACCAAGGCGACUUCGACUUCCUGAGGCACUGCGACGCGCUGGCGAGUCGAUUCCCGUGCCACCGAGGCCGGUGCCAGCUCGCGGUGGGUCCGGAAAUGCCCAUCUUCCUGCCUCACGGGCCGCACCAGAACGCCACCGGCCGAUGUCUUGUCAGCGAGGACUUUGCGUCGUGCGCGGCCAAGCACAAGGGUGGCCAGCGCCUCUGCCCGUGCAUCCCGCGAACGGCCUCGGCCGCCAUACAUCCGUACUAG